AAGAUAUAAACGAAUGUACAGCCACACCCCCUAAAUGUACAGGUGAAGAUAAAAGAUGUGUCAACUAUCCAGGAGCAUAUCGCUGUAACUGUAUCAGUCCCAGACAACAACUUACGAAGGACGGAUCAGCAUGUAUUAGUAUGUAUGAAACUUAACCUUGCAGACCGCUCGGUGAGAACUGGGCAUCUUUAGCGCGACUUUCUGAUGAACAGUAAUACUCGAUAUGUGGUUGAAUAAAAUAAUUUAGUGCAUGACAAAACGUUUAAAAAAUUUUAAAUUAAUAGUCACAUUUUAAACCUUUUAUUCUCCUCGGCAGAUAUAAACGCAUUUGCUCAGAUUUUUCGCCAUCUUAUCUGCCUUCAAAUUUCAAGUUUAUACACAAUUACCGCUAAGCGUGUUUAGAAGGGAGUUUUUUCAGUGGACGAAGUCUAAUAUAUUCAGAUUAUUUUCAUCAUUUAUUAUUAUUUUGUUUCAACUCGGCGAAUUGGCUAUUUUAAUCAAUCUGUCUUACAGUGCAGUUUGGGGUAAUUAAUCAUCCACUAAUUCGUGUUUCCAGUUAACGAAUGCUUUUCUAAAUAAAUCUACCUGUGCUGUAUACACGCUCUGUUCAACGUUAAAGGAUGAGUGUCAUACCAUGGUAUAUCACGCGUGAUCAAAUUCCCGAGUUUGAUAGCCAUAUGUAUCAUUCUUUGAGUACCCUUGCUUCUUUUGUUUGACCCCUAUUGGAAAUGUACCAAACAAGGUAUUUUUAUCGUAAUUUGUUGAUAUGGGGGUGAGAUAAAAACAAUAACAAAAGCCCGCCUUAUCGCGAUGUGACACUAAUCCAUUAAGUAUUUAAACUCUAGCCUAUUUAAUUAAUUGAAACUAAUUUCCAUGCAUCCAUUAUUCUUCCUAGAUGUUAGCGCAUCUGUUCGUGGUAAAAUUCAAAUUAUAAAUCUUCCAUUCAUACCGGCUUAUAGUGAUACAAGUAGUUCAGAAUAUUUUGAGACUACGCAAAGAAUAACAUCCCAGGUAUAGAAAUUUAAGUUCUGUUAAAAAAUAGGGCAAUCAGACGCAAUGAUUUUAUGUACUGUUUAAUAAACGAGCAGGAGUGUUUUAUUAUGUUUAAAGCCACGAGCGCGCAGCGCGAAUGGCUUUAGACCUAAUAAAAUACGACCUGUGAGUUUAUUAAACGGCUUCAAACACGACUACAAAUUCAAUAGAUACACUGCCUUAUUAGUGUUCUUUAUAUAAAGAAUACUAAUGAGGACAUGACUACAAUAGAUACUCCCUUAUUAAUAUUUUUUAUAUAAAGAAUACUAAUUAGGAGUGUUUUAUCAGGUUUAGCACGUGACAUACUAUGGUUGGCAUGUUUGCCAAUAAGCUUAUGAAUUAUUAAUGAGUUUUUGAAGUGCUAUUUAAAACAUGAACAGCAGUGUUUAAUGUGUUUUUCUAUUCAUGUUUAAUAUGGCUUGAAAAACGACCCUCUGUUGAGUUCAUUGGCGAAGUAAUUUUAAAUAUAAAUUAACGUUGUCUAAGCCGAGAAAAGUCUAACUUUAUGUAAAUGAACACAAUUUUUUAUCACAUAUAAAACCAUGCACCGACAUGGUAGUGAUUGAUUUUGUUUUUCCUCAUGCUUUAUUAAUGAGUUUUUCAAAUUAUCAUUGUAAGAUUAUUUAUUUUCUCAAUUUUGAUCAGCUAAUUGUUUUGCAUGGAAAUAACACUCCAACUGUAAAUAUUAACAAGUGGAAUCUAAUGAGCUGAGCAUCCAUAUCCAAAAUCAUUGGUCAGCUUGAGAUAAUGAUCUGCUCGAGCGUGCCCUAUUUAUUUUGAACAUAUGCUAAUUAAUUAAAUUGAUUCUGUGCGUACUUGGUUGAGUAAAAAACAUGUAAAAACGAAAGCCGGAGAUGCAAAAAACGUAUUCGCUAUAGUUGGGAAAUGAUAUGAGACUGCAAAUUCAAAAAAAAUUCAAAAGAGUGGAAACGACUCCAAAAAAGAGUCACAACGAUUCCAAAGGAGUCCCAACUUGACCCCAAAUGACUCUUUUCGUGGUUGUUUUGACUUUUGAAUUUACAGUGUGGUUUUGCAGCUGAACAACGAAAAUGUUAUACGAGGAAAAAGGCCAAAAAACCCGUGACAUAUUUCAACUUUCUGUUGUUUUUGAGUUUAUGUUAAUUUGUACACUGUCACAGUGAUUGAGCUCAUUGUAAUUUCGUAUAAUUAGUAACCUUCAAAUAGGGAUAGCUGAUAUGAAACGUGUAAUCACGACGAAUAAUAUUUAACAAGACGCCUGCUCAGGCGUUCACACUGACCUGAAAAUGACAACGUAUUACGUGCUAUGGUGCAAUCGACAAGGAAAACAAAUCGUGAACCGCAAACGCAUGAUUUUCGUAAUGUCCAAUGAAACACAAGUAUUACUCACAAAUACAAACGUUAUCCAUAAAUGCACAUGGUCUCUGAGCAUGGGACAUUGUUUACAUUCCGUGAGUCUGUAACUGUAUAAAAUUCGAAAAACUCAGCGUUCCAAAUAUCGCAUUUCCAGAGACGUUGCACGAGGAAAAAACACCAAGUUAAUUUCCAAAAAAUUGCAGAGUAGGAUAAAUCCAAAAUCCACAGAAAAACGUGAUAAAAUUCGUUGAUAAAUGAACAAAUUGUUUGAGACUCAAAUAGCCACUCAUUGAAUGGCCACCAUCUUGAAAACUGAUCUGUAUAAUAAACUGGAACGACUGGAACACUUGAAACUGAGCCUGCGAUGCGCUAACGCAAACUCGAUAUUUCUCGAUGACGAAAAAAGCAGAAAACCCCCCAGGAAAAAACAGGGAAAAAACAGAUAAUUAGGGAUUUAAGACUCUUGACCUUUCAGGAUUGUGUAAUUAGGUUCGGAAAAACGAAAAAGAAGUCUUCUAUUUUGGGGCUGUAAAGUUGGACGGAAUUCCAGACCUUCAUACACCUUGCUAGGUUAUGGAUGGGGAAUAAGUGGUCGAAAAAUUGGUCAUAUUUCUACGUUAUGCUAUAGAAUUAGUGUGUAUACCUUUGUGCGCAUGAGUGAAACAUCUAAAUUACUAUUAAGACGCAAGCGCAAAAAUUUCUGAAAACAUUCAUUCAGAAAGCAUUGCCAUAAGCCCUGCACAAUAAAAUUAAUGAGUAACUUUAACAAACAUAUGCACCAACAUAAUUUCCAAACAUCACAGGUUUCAGGUGUUCAGUAUUACGCUAAAAUGAAUUUUUAAUACAAUUUCGAUAAAAUUAUAUCAAAACAAUUUAUACUGCUGUGGCCAUUAAAUAUAUUGUUAUUUUAUAAGUAUAAAAAAUCGAAGGCGCUCAUCAUUUUUUUUGUCAUUUUUUUUUUCAUUCUUCCUGUAGCUAACAAGAAAUUAUCAGGAAACUCCGACGAUGCGUUUUUUCUUUCACUCAGUUAUGAUGAUACGACUACUGUAA